AUGGCAUUGUUAUCUGAGAUCAAGAAGAGACACAAUGAUAAGAAGAUGGCCAGAACCUUUGCAUACAGGAGGCCGUCAGAGACGAAGUUCAAGAUCAUCUUACCAGGACUGUUCACUGUGGCAGAGAGCAACACUGCUAGUGUGUCUAAAGAGACAUUCAACAGCAGACAGGUUUUUGUAUUAGUCUCUCUCACUGUGGGAGGAUACUACUACCUCAUCUUUGGCUCUGGAACUAAACUGUAUGUAACAGAUGAGCAGAUAGUGAAGCCCGUGGUGAGCGUGUACCCAGCAGCAUCCAGAGCCCACCUGGAGGGGAAGAGCUCCCUGCUGUGUGUGGCCUCAGACAUGUUUCCUCCUCUGGUCCGGUUCUCCUGGAAAAGACAAAAGGACAAUGGUACUGAGGAAGACGUGACCUCUGCUGAGGGAGAGCAGCUGGAGCUCAGAGAGUCGGGACGCACCACCUCCAUCUUGCUGAUCCCUCAGCGAGAGAACAGCACAUAUAAAUACCGCUGCUCCGUCCAUCACGAGGGGUUCACAGUGGAGGCCCAAACAGAACAAGAGGUUCCAGCUCCAGCAGCCUCCUGUCCUCCAGAGAGAGAGCCAGCAGACCUGCCAGCUCUGCAGCAAGCUGACUUGUCCUUCCAGUCUCAGUGCCAGGUGAAGCUGCUCUGUCUGAUGUACACAGUGCUGAUAGUGAAGAGUCUGGUGUACUGCUGUGGACUCUCUCUGCUGAUGAUCCUCAGAAACAAGGGACCGUCCACCAACUGCACACAUGCUGACUGACUGUUUUCUGCUCUCCUUUUCUCUCCGUCAAAUCUCAUCAAUUCAUCUCAUUAAUCACUUUGAUUAGCAGACAGAAAUAACAAUUUAGAUGUAUUUUUUAUUUUUGUGGUUCAUUGGGAAACCUAUCUUUUAAAAAACAGGUUCAAUAAAGUACUCCAGAAAAUAUAAAUACAUACACAUACACAUAUAUAUUUGAGGUUGUUAGUGUAAAUUCUUUGCUACUGUAGUGUUAGUUUAGUUUAGUUUAGCUCUAGUUUAUUUCCACUUUUAAUUGUGACUCGUAUAAUCAUAGAAAAGCUGAAUCAUUAUCUGUCUGCUAGAUAUUUACUGUUUAUAUUUUCUAUGUUCUUAUUUUCUGUUCUUGUAUUGUAUUUGUGAAUUUCAGUUUGGCUUCAUAGCAAAAAAUAGAAACACAAUCAGUGUCACUGGCUUUAGUGCUGAGGCCCUUUUAUAACUGUGUCAGUGUGGAUGUAAAACUCUACGCUGACGACACUGCUGACAAACAGCAGAGCGAGCUGCUUUGAAGCUACAACUGCUAUAAAAUGAUGAUACAGCAGCUUGAUCAGUUUCUAUUCUAAUUUGUAACAUGUUAAGAAUGAACAAAUAAAUUAGAAAUUGUCUUUGUAUUGAUGAUGUUAAUGUAUGCAGGCUAUGAUCCUUUCCCACAUGUCCUAAUAUGUUGUAUUAUGUUACAAGUUGGAGUCAGGCUGGAGAAACUGUCAUUAAACUGUCACCUUUACAGAAUCAAUAAAACAGUUUGAAUUAAAGACAACUUUCACAGUGAGUACUGAGAGCUGAAAUCAAA